ACCGCUACCUCUUCUUCGUCCGUCUCGUCCACACGAGUGUUCCUCUCAUACAAGUGCUCAAAAACUUGAUGCAACAACACGCACAAGCAAUUGAUGCAUUAAGAGAAGAAAGUGAUCGAUUAAACGAAUUAGUGAUGCACAUCGUGAUCUUUUAAGACGAAAUCUCAAGUAGUUGCAAGUGAUGUUGCGAAUAAAUUAAAAGUGAUUUUUGAAAAUGUUUACAAGGACGCAAAAUACUCUCGUGUGGAUUAUGGCCACCGGUCUUGCGUUUUUGGGAGUUUUGAGGGCGCUAACAAUCGACAAUCAACUUCAAGUUAUCAAAAACGAUUGUUACGAACGCUUGGCGAUUGGUCAACGACAUAAUCCUAAGGACAUAUAUAAAACCUCUCAAGUUACGACGGUGCUCGAGUGCCAGUUGUUUUGCACCAAAGAAAAAGAACUUUGCAAGUCUUUUAGCUUCGGAAUCGGUGUCAAAGGCAACUCAAGUUGUGAAAUUAGCAAUGACACUAUCAAAGAAACUGCCGAUUUAAAACCGAUCGGUACAAAAGCUGAUACCGAGUUUGAUUUGUAUAUAAAAAAAAUAGGAUGUACGUUAGUGAUUGAUAAAAAUAACCCGGCUUUUAAUCAGUAUAAUAGUAAUAGUAAGCCACAAAAUACAGAAUAUGGACAACCCCAAAGCAGCAGCUACGGAACAUCACCUAAUAAACCAUCUACUGGUUACGAUAAACCACAACCUAGCCCGAGUUACGACAAACCAUCUACUUCUGGUUAUGACAAACCGUCUAGUUCUAAUUACAAUAAACCGACAUAUGCGGUUAACGAACCAUCUUCUUUUGGUUAUGGUUACGGUUCACCAAAUAAACCAAAUUACGGUAAACCACAAGAAGAAACAGGUCACGUGGCAACUAUGGUCAGCAUUAGUACAGGGCCUCAAAAGCCGGUCCUGCACCCAGUUCACGAAAUCCUAGUUGGCCAAGGACUUUAUAAUUAUGCAAGACCACCAUUUCGACCACCUGCCUUAAAUCAUCCAUAUGACAGAUAUGAUUACGAUUCAAGACCGGGAGAAAGUAAUCAAGUGCCAUACGGCCAACGGCCAAUUCCUGAAAAAUAUGGUUCUUAUAUACCACGACCAGAUAAUUAUUACAGACCUGAACCGGAUGAUUAUUACAGACCUAGACCUGAACAUGAAUAUUACAGACCACGACCACAUGAUGAUUAUGGCCAAAGACCCAACUAUCCUGGAGAUUAUUACAGACCUCGUCCGCCUGUCGACGAUUACGACCAACGACCAAUGAGACCUAAUGAUUAUGACAGACCCACACGUCCUAGACCUGACAGACCUGAUAAUAACCACUACGAUAGACCAAGACCUCAGGGUUUCGGUUAUGACAGACCAGACCCGCCUAGUAGCAACUAUAACAGACCAAGACCUCCCACUAGCGGAUAUGAUAGACCCGAUCCCCCCAGUAAUAGUUACGAUAGACCGAGACCACCUAGUAGUAGUUAUGACAGACCUGAUCCGCCUAGUAGUAAUAAUUAUGAUAGACCAAAACCUCCAAGUAGCAAUUAUGACAGACCACCUAAUCCUCUUCCUACCGGAAAUUACGAUAGACCGAAGCCUCCUACUUAUGACAGACCAAACCCACCCAGUGGCAACUACGACAGACCUAGGCCUCCUAGUGAUAGCUAUGUUAGACCAGAGCCGCCUAGUAGCAACCAUGAUCGACCAAACCCGCCUAGCAGCAACUACGACAUACCUAGACCACCUAGUGAUAGUUAUGUUAAGCCAGAGAGGCCUAAUAGUAAUUAUGACAGACCCUAUAAACCGACAAAUGAAUAUUUAUUUGACAAAACAAUCGACAGACACGAUACACAACCAGAGAAACCUGAUAACUAUCAAAAACCUGGAACUGUUAAACCUUCUGAUGGUUACGAUAAUUCCAUCAAAGAAAAUCCUAAACCGAAAGAACCCCAUUCAAAACCAAUCGUAACACACGCGAUCGGCUCCCAUGGAGAAUCGAUUACUUCGAUAAUCACCGAAUUAGAUGAAGCAUGCUUCAGGAGAGUGUUGGCCGGAAAACGCGUAACUCGUGCACUCGUUAAACGCGCGUUAUUUUGCGAAAGAGUCGAAGAUUGUCAACGGGAAUGUGCAGAUGAAAAGCGGUUCCCUUGCGAAGGAUUUAACUACAGAUUGGAUCCAUCAGGCCGUGGAAAAGGCGAAUGCGAACUUCUCGAAAUCCCUUUAACGCAUUUAGACAUUGGGAGAGAUUUAUACCCCGACCCUGAUUACGAUUACUACGAACGAGACAGAAACGCCGCUAGUGCAAAUUGUAAAGGUGGUUACUAUAACCAGUACGGUAACGACGGUUACUAUAACCGACGACACGAUCAAAGACCGUACGAUUGGUGGGACGACGACAGAAACCGGUACGGUAACAGAAGACCACGACCCGAUUUCGGUUACAACCGACCCAAUUAUGAUUUUGAUGGUUACAGGCCAAAUGGUAACAGACGGGGAGACUUUGCCCAUCAUCAUUCACACCAUUCCGACACACACAAUUAUCAUUUUGAGCACUAUGAUCAUGGUCUUCCACCAUAUGAUUACAAAUCAUAUGAGCCAUAUUUACCUCCUAAUAGAAGGCCGCCGUAUGACGAGGACAGACAUUACAACAAACAUUACAUCGACAGAGAUAGAGAGAGGAAUUAUUGGGGUAUCACUAAACCAACAUGGGGUUCAUACGGAACGAGUUAUAACCCCCACGAAUUCGACAGAAGAAAUUAUUACCUGCCCCCACAAAUUGGGGGUUCGAAAGAUUGGGGCCAAUAUGGGGGUAGUUACGGUAAUGGUGGUUUAAACUUACAAUACAACGGUUAUGGACACAGUCAAAGUUUCGACUUUUGGGGUCUAAACAAAUACGAGGAGAAAUUCCACAAUUAUGGGGAAUUACCCCCGAGCAAACCACCAAAUGGGGGAAGUUAUCCUCCUCUGAAACCUCCAAGUAACGUAGGUGAAAGUUACGUGCCAGUAUUACCACCAAAACGACCAAACGGUGGAAGUUACCUACCAGAAAAUCCGCCAAGUUAUUUACCAGUGUUACCACCUAAACCCCCCAGUGAUGAAAGUUACUUUCCCGUAACACCCCCAAAUAGGGGAAGUUAUUUGCCGGAAAUACCCUCCAAACCGCUAAAUGGGGGUAGUUACUUACCGGAAGCGCCCGGAAGAUACCCGGAACGUCCAAUAAAUACCGGAAGUUAUUUACCGUUACCGGGUAAACACGAUAACGAUUUUUACAAUUCAAUCCUUCCGGCUGAACCCAGGUAUCCGUAUCAUUACGAUUUUCUCAAGGACGAGUGCUCUUUGAGAACUGCGGCAGGUUUUAGGUUGCAAAAAGGCAUAGUUAAAAAGUUUUAUGCUGUUCCGAAUAUUUAUGAAUGCGAACUUUUGUGUUUCAAGGAGAAAGAAUUUCCUUGUGCAUCGUAUGCCUACAGAUAUACGGUUUCGUUGACUUCACCCACAGAUAAUUGUUAUUUAAGUAAUCGCAAUUAUAAAGAACUUGAUUAUUACACGGAUUUGGAACCCGACAGAGAUUUUGAUGUUUAUACAAUGAAUAAUAUGAAGAAAUGUGACCAACCUGUAAUUCGUGGAAAAGACCAUAGUGAAUGCUUUUGGCGCGUCCGGAGCGCCCAAAGACUGGACCACAAAGUCGUCCGAGAUUCCCUAUCUGUAAAAUCAAUCGUGGAAUGCCAACUCGAAUGUUUAAGAUCAGCCCGUUUCACUUGUCGAGCUUUCAGCUACAGGUACGGAUCUCCAAUCAUCGGUGGCCCCAUCGACAACUGUCUUUUAACUGACUGGCCAUAUUACGAAAUGGACCCCCAUCUCCAUUUUGUCCCAGAACCCGGAUUUGAAAUCUACGAAAGAGGGAGUUUUGGGCAUGGAUGCGAGCCGCACCAUUUCGGGAUUAGAGGACGACCUUGGAAAAAUCCAGAGAUGCGGAGAGAUCAAUUGUGUUAUAUUGGAUACGGGUCUCCGGCAAAACUGUUACCACAAGCUUGUAGAAAGGAAAUCCAGGUUGCGACUGAGGAGGAAUGCAAGGCUGAGUGUUCGAAAUAUAGGGACAAGACGCUUUUCCACUGCAUGUCAUUAAGUUUUAGCACCAGGAGUUCAAAGUGGGAACCAAAUUGCAGAUUAUCAGAUAUUUUGCAAAGAGAUUUAUUGCCCAAUGUUGACUAUAUUCCCGAUCCCGACUUUUGGCUUUUUGCUUGGGAUAAUUAUAAUCCCGAAUGUACAGCAAUUGCCCAUAAGCCCAGCCAUAAUCACAUAGGGCAUAAAGAAGACCGCAUCGAUUAUGAUGAUCUUUCUAAUGCUAUUGGAACCUGGAGAGUCUAUAGCGUGAGUGGGUGGCCUUGCCGUCGAGGAAGCCUUUGUAGGGAAAACCGCGAAGCAGGUUUUUGGUUCUGUGAAUUAGAAGGAGGAGAUGCUAACACCUGGGACUAUUGUUGCCGACCUGACCAUCAGUGUGGGUUCUCACACGGUUUUGAAUACCAAUGGUGCUACGUGGGCCCCUCGCGCACCCAAUGGCGCAAAUGCAGCGACCGCUAUUACCCCUACGUCCACAACCUCAUCGACCGCUUUGACCGCCCUACGGCGUCAGCCCCCUGGACCCCCAAUAAUUACCUUCCCGACAACCGUCCGCCACUUGGAAGUCGCCCAGAUCGCCCCCCGGCGCCCCCUACACGACCACCUCCACGUCCUAGUCUAGACGAAUACGAAAUGCAGUUCGAGAGCCAGUUUUUGGAUCCUCCGAAACCUGGCGGUUUUGGACAACCGCGACACUGGCCCCUAUCUUAUUUGCACAAGGAGAUGCCCCCCAACAGUACCGACUCAGACUCUAGGCUUAUGAAAGCCGUCCAAGGCCGCGAAAACAACCCCAAAUAUGCAGCCAUUCAGAAUUUGAUCGAUAUAAUAAAGUCCAAUGAUCUCAAGAAUAUCCAGUACCAAAUAACCAACGAAUCGAAUAAACAUGAUGAUAUUUUGUUCGUAAAGAUUCCACUGCCGACUAAUUUUACUCAAGAGACGCGGAAAAGCGAGAAAAUGGUGAAUGAGACGAGUGCAAUUUCAGGUCCUAUUGAUUUGGGAAAUGAAGGGAAAAAUACCACGAAAAGAUCUCAAAAGGCACUGCCGGUACAAGAGAGACCUGUACCAGUUUACAGAAGAGGGUAUAUAACGAGGACUAACGUUACUAAUCAUAGACCCAGAAUUAGUAGAACACUGUAACUGUAGGAUAUUUUGUAAAUGCAAUUUUUAUAUCAAUAAAGACAUUUUUCGUAAAUGC